AUGUCUGACUGGAAAUUUGACGUACAUCAACAAACCACGGAUCACACCUUCGACGACGAACGAGGACAGGGGAGCGUGAGGGGCAUGCGGGGCCGGUACAACAAGCGUGGUGGAAGCGAUGAAUGCAGACUCUACCCUCCCGCUCCCCUGUCCUCAUUCGUCGUCGACUCGGGUGCUUCUGACCACAUGGUGGUUGACUGGGACCUCCUCACCAACGUCCGCGACACGCACCCCGUCCUUAUCCUUGUUGGCAACGGCGAACUCCUCACCUCCCGUCAGAGAGGUCGCCUCACGAUCGGUCUUUCGGUUCAGCAAACGCCCGACACCUACCGCUGGUCCUUCCAUCACGGUCAAGCCGUCCUCAGUUGA